GAGAUAACUCUGAGUGAAAACCAAAAAACAACAACAAAAUUUCCAUUUUUUCCCCCCUUUUAGUUUCGUCCUCUCAGUUUCCUUCUCUCUUCCUGGUGUGAUUUACGAGCAUAUUUUAAAAACUGUUGCUCCUCUCAACGACGACGACACUCGCUGACCUCUACGGUGGACUGGGAAAAAAUGCUCCGGCGUUCAUCUCCAUCCAGGACGACGAAGACGAAGACGACUCUGCAUUAAUUGAGUUCCUCCUUUAUUCAAAUAUUUAAUCAUAACAACCAAACUAUACACCACAGGAGAGAAUAUAUAUUUACUACAUUCUACAUUGACAGUUUUCAUGGUAUUUAGUGCUUGACCAACUGCCAACAUGAGGUUUCAGAUGUCAAAAAGGGCAGUCAAGGUUGGACUGGCAGUUGGAGGAGCCACUCUGUUGGGUACCUACCUAAUACCCAAGUACAAGGACUUCACCAGACCAGCUGUGUCCACGUUGUCUGCUGCUGAACCAGUACAUACACUGUCCAACACUCUGCCUCUUCGGAAAGAUAUCUUAGCAUCGCUAAAAAAUGACGAGUUUGAUGUUUUGGUCAUUGGUGGAGGAGCUACAGGAACUGGUGUGGCUCUCGAUUCAGUGAGCCGAGGUUUGAAGACUGCAAUGAUUGAAAAGUUUGACUUUGCAUCUGGGACCAGUAGCCGAAGCACAAAAUUGAUUCAUGGCGGUGUACGAUAUCUACAGAAGGCUGUAUUUAAUUUAGAUUACGAACAGUAUAAAAUGGUUAAGGAAGCUUUAAUUGAGAGGUCAAACUUGAUACAAAUAGCACCGCACUUAGCUUAUGCUUUCCCCAUUAUGUUGCCACUGUAUAGAUGGUGGCAAGUGCCUUAUUAUUGGGCCGGAAUUAAAAUGUAUGACUUCGUGGCCGGGAAACAGAAAUUGAAAAGCAGCUAUUUCCUGUCCAAAUCGAAGGCUCUGGAAUUGUUCCCAAUGUUGAAGAGAGACGAAUUGGUUGGUGCCCUUGUUUAUUAUGAUGGUCAACAUGAAGACGCCCGGAUGAACAUUGUACUGGCCAUGACAGCCAUCAGGAUGGGAGGCUCUUUGGCCAACCGUGUAGAAGCAAAAAGUUUAGUGAAGGAAAAAGAUGAACAUGGAAAAGAGAAGAUCUGUGGCGCCGUUGUAAAAGACUGUCUUACAGGAGAAGAAUGGACAGUAAAAGCUCGCUGUGUCAUCAAUGCAACAGGACCCUACACAGAUUCAGUCAGGAUGAUGUCCAAUGCAGCAAACAAAAAUAUUUGUAAACCUAGCUCAGGAGUUCACAUAAUUUUACCCGACUACUACAGCCCCUCUCACAUGGGUUUACUAGAUCCAUCAACCAGUGAUGGAAGGGUGAUAUUUUUUCUACCUUGGCAGAAAGUCACUCUAGCAGGUACUACGGACAAUGAAUGUGAGGUUUCAGAUUUUCCACAACCAACUGAGAAGGAAAUUCAAUUUAUAUUAACAGAGAUUAGGAAUUAUCUUAAUCCUGAUGUCAGAGUUCGUCGUGGUGAUGUCUUGUCAGCAUGGAGUGGCAUCCGUCCUCUAGUCAGAGACCCAAACAAAUGCGACACGCAAUCCCUAGCUCGGAACCACAUCAUUGAAGUGUCUGAGGAUAAUCUGAUCACCAUUGCUGGGGGAAAGUGGACCACUUACAGACAUAUGGCUGAAGAAACCAUCGAUAAAGCAGUCAAGGUUUGUGGAUUGAAACCAAAAGUUCCGGCCUGUCAGACCAAGGGUCUUCUGCUAGAUGGCGCCCACGAAUGGUCACCAACUUUGUUUAUCCGGCUUGUACAAGACUUUGGCUUUGAAAAUGAAGUUGCACAACAUCUUGCAGGGACAUAUGGAGACAGGGCAUACAAAGUGGCUAAAAUGGCUGGGAUGACCGGUAAAAGAUGGCCUAUUGUUGGUCGGCGGCUGCAUGAGGAAUACCCUUAUAUUGAAGCUGAGGUCCGAUAUGCUGUUCGGGAAUAUGCUACAUCCGCUGUUGAUAUUCUUGCACGCCGUACACGUCUGUCAUUCUGCAAUGCUAUUGCAGCGGAAGAGGCCCUACCCAGAGUGGUAGAUAUAAUGGCUGAUGAACUUGGAUGGGAUGAAAAGCAGAAGCAGGAUCAAAUUGAACAUUGCAAGAAGUUCCUUCGUCGGGAAAUGGGUCUUGACCUCAAAACUGCUUCUGCCAACGUACCCAUUAAUUUCACAAAGGACGAAAUCAAUGAGUACAUUGCUAAAUUUAAAUCACUGGACACUGACAACAAGGGCUUCAUUACAGUCAAUGACCUCAGGAAGAAUUUCAAGAUUAACCAACAAUUUCAGAAAAGUAACCAAAUUGUUAGCGAGGACCAUCUCCACCAAAUUUUGCAAGAAGUUGAUCUGAAUAAAAACGCACAAGUUGACAUGGGAGAAUUCCUGCAGAUGAUGAGUGCACUAAAGACUGGUGCCAUUUCUAACAGCCGAUUUGCAUAUGCUGUACGUGCUAAAGAGAGUGCUGUGAUACCUGUUGAACGCAGUGGUGGUGGUGUCUAGGCGUUUUUCCAUCUUUUUUCUUUUAUUUUAACCAAAUGGGAAUUAAAUCCGUUUGCACACUUUAGAAUUAUGUAAUGAUUUAUUUUAUGUCUUGAUAUUAGUGAAACAGAGAUAACCUCUUGGAAUCUCAUUUGGGAGUCAGAUAAAUUCAUCAUCGCAUGCCUGACCAUUAUUGGUAAAUUCAUUGUCAUGCUUAACACAUUGUUGGUAAGUGAUUAUUUUUUGGGGGGUGGGUAUGCUUUUUUUUUAUCCACAGAGA